AAACUGGACGCCGGUAAUACCCGCCCCUUACUAGAUACUUCCUGCGACGCCAGUUUACUUGCAGAAAUAAACCUCCUUGAUACAAGUAGCGGGCAAUGUGUCCGCACUGACUUCAAAAGCCACACCGGUUCAUAGAGUUUGUGCAGGUCAACGAGAGUUUUGUAAUAAUUAAUAGUUAGCGAGUCAAAUAACCGAUCAGAGGGAAGAAAAGUGUCAGCAUUUGUGCAUUGUUAGGUCCAGGUGACUAGCUAGCCAGCGCUAGCUAACAGAUGCUAACCGAAAGUGUAAAUUAGACGAGUUAGCUAGCGUUGGAUUAACAGCGUGACGUUGACAAUUGUUAAGAGAGAUAAAAACACCGUUUCAUAGAUUUGUUAGGAUCUUAAAUUAGUGUUAGAUAAUCUUAAGCCCUUCCUCAAGGUGACGUACAGGAGCGGUGAUGGAUUUCGUUGCUGGAUGUGUUGGAGGAGCUGCUGGAGUCUUGGUUGGCCAUCCAUUUGACACAGUAAAGGUGAGACUGCAGGUCCAGAAUGUUGAUAAGCCUCUAUACCGUGGGACUUUUCACUGUUUCCAGUCCAUCAUACGACAAGAGUCGGUAUUGGGUUUGUAUAAAGGCAUUGGAUCCCCCAUGAUGGGCCUUACAUUCAUCAACGCUAUAGUAUUUGGUGUUCAGGGAAACACCAUGCGUCUGCUUGGUGACGACACCCCUACGAACCAAUUCCUUGCAGGUGCGGCAGCAGGUGCCAUCCAGUGUGUAAUCUGCUGCCCCAUGGAGUUGGCAAAAACCCGCAUGCAGAUGCAGGGUACAGGAGAGAAGAAGUCCUCCAGAAAGCUGUACAAGAAUUCCCUGGACUGCUUGGCACGCAUCUACAAUCGGGAGGGUUUGUGGGGCAUCAACAGAGGGAUGGUGACCACGCUUAUCCGCGAAACACCUGGCUUUGGCGUGUACUUCCUGGCCUACGAUGUGCUGACGCGCAGCCUUGGUUGUGAGCCAGAUGACCGCUACAUGAUCCCCAAACUGCUGUUUGCUGGAGGCAUGGCUGGCAUUGCCUCCUGGCUAUCCACCUAUCCUGUGGAUGUGAUCAAAUCACGGCUGCAGGCAGAUGGGGUGGGUGGAGUCAACCAGUACAGCAGCAUCGCCGACUGUGUACGGCAGAGUGUAAGGAAAGAGGGCUACAUGGUGUUCACGCGAGGCCUCACCUCCACGCUGCUACGAGCUUUCCCUGUGAACGCAGCUACCUUUGCUACAGUCACCCUCAUCCUCAUGUACGCCCGUGGGGUGGAGGAAGGAUCUAAAGACUGUGAGCCGGCUCAGCCAAGCCACCACACACAGAUACAGCAGCAGGCCCAGCCCUCCAGCCUGUGACAGUGUAGAGGGUCUCACCCUCCACCUGGGCACUUUACAAGAGCUUGGGAAGACAAAACAUACAAAGGAAUCCUUUCUUACUGUCAGAGCAGUCCUUCCCAAUUUUCAGUCUGAAAAUACUUGGUUUGUAUUAACUGUAAAACCUGUAUUCAUUUGUAGCAAUAAGUUUCAGAAGAUGCAUACUUGUAAAGGAAAUGUUGUCACUCCUAAUAAGAUGAGAAAAUUGGAGCUAGGGGAUUCAUGGAGGUUUUUAACAGCUGCUUUUAUCUGUGGUAAAGCUCUUGUAUGACACUGAUGUUACAAAGGGAUGGUGUGGCUGUAGAGACUGAAAAUUGUCUCUUUCUCUCUUGAUUACAUAUCUUGAAAUGUGCAGAGUUUAUCUGCACCUGUAUAUAUCUUUGAUUUUGAUUCUUUUUUUAAUAUAUGUUUGAGAUGGUUUUUCUGCCUUAUGUUACGAGAUAUGUGUAAGGAAGCUGAAGCACUUGUUUGUACCUGAACUAUGUCCUCUGAAAAGCCAAGCAAGCAAGAAGGAAGGAAUGUAGCAUUUGAUAAGUUUACAGAACUUAUCGUUUGUGUCUGCUGUCAAACAACAACAACAACAACAACAAAAAAAAAAAACAACAUUACCGCUCACUGAAGCACUGUUACUUCAUACAGCACAUGCAUCCACUGGUCUGAAAGGCUCUUCAGGAACCAAAUGUAAAGUGUGACUCAGGACUGUAGAUGGCACUGUAUUUUAUGUCUUGUUUUGUUAUCCAUCUGGCAUGUUGUGUUUUACUAAGUAAUGUGAAAUUUUUUUUAUCGUUACUACUGUAUUAAAGGCCGGAUACAGAGGUGGAACUUGA